AUGGCCGUGCCGACCUUCUGCAACGUGUGCUUCCGCGAGCCGAGCCAGGCCGCCCCGCGCUUCAGCCUCACCAGCUGCGGCCAUGUUGUGUGCGAGCUCUGCCUGCAGAAAGGCAAAAAAGAUGAAUGUUUGAUCUGUAGAACUCCUUGUCGUACGUUGCUCCUUUCAAAACAGACAAAUCCUGAUAUUCAAUCACUGUUCAUGGGACUAGAUGUGCUAUGCAACAAAUAUUCAAAAGAAAUAAGACAGAUUUCAGAAUUUCAGGAAAAACAUCGUAGACACUUACUAGCUUACCAAAAACAAAAGACACUGAAAUUGGAAGAAUCUCUCAAGAAAGCAACGCAACAAUUGCAUCAGCUACAAUGUAUGAAACCUCCUCAACAAACUACUCCACAGAUAUUCUCCAGUACAAAUAGAAAUCCACUCUCCUUUCCUUCAAAAAAACAGAAUGGAUAUUCUUCGUAUUCUCUCCAUCCUAGUCAUGCUUCUACUUCUGAAAUAAUGGAGUCAAUGGAGAUUGAUCCUGUACCUUUACCAAUAAGGAAACCUGAGACAGUGACUGGUCCAACAAGACUAUCACUAAUAUCUCCACCCCAAGGAGGACGUAUGGGUAGUGUAUCUUACAGAAGUUCUCAGCCAUCUGGAAUAAUGUCAAGUCAAAAUAGUAUUGCAGGAUCUACAAGAUCCACACCUAUAAGACUACCACAUAAUGGAUUUCAACUCCCAUCAUCAUCAUCAUCAUCAUCCAGAUCACAAAGUAGUAGAAUGGGGUCAUGGGCUACUGACUUCAGUUCUGACUUCAGAACACCUCAGGUGUAUCCAUUUACACCACCUUCUUCACAAUCAUCUGCAGCAAGACACCCAAUCACCAUCCCUGGCCUUCUGCAGAGACAACAUUUAGGACCUACUAAUUUUGGAGGACAUUCAGCAGAAAGAUAAGCAAAUAUCUGUGGUAUAUUUUGUUCAAUAUGCAUCUGGAGAAGUCUUGCAGAGUCUUUGGAUCUCAGAAUACUUGUAAUUUCUAUAAAAUGUCAAACUGGCGUAAACAACCGAGUAUUCAUCUUGAAUGAUCUAUCUAAAAUGUUGCUGAUAUUGCCGAUUAACAUCUAUAAUAGUUUUAAACAGGAGUACUGUAGCUAUUUUCAGAUU